AUUUUGUUUAUAAUAUUAAAUAUUUCUUGCCUCUAAUUAUAUAAGUUGAUACACAGCCCUUGUUACAGUUCUUGGCUCCAGUAUGUAAAAUCACUCUUUAUCUUUUCUGUUGUGCAAUAUGUUUCUGAUUUAGUGAUUGAGUUGUGCAAUAUAAUAUUAAAUGAAGUUAAAUAUUUCUUCUGACAGAGGAAGUACACAGCCCUUGUUACAGUUCUUGGCUCCAGUAUGUAAAAUCACUCUAUCUUUUCUGUUGUGCAAUAUGUUUCUGAUUUAGUGAUUGGGUUGUUUUGUUACAGUUUAUUGUGUAAACAAUUCACUAUAUCUCUAACAUUGGUAACAUUGUCACAGGUGGAAACUUGUAAGGACCGUAUUGGAUCAGCACUUGAAACAAUUAGACCAACAACUUCAUGGGAGAGAACAACAGUAGUAGGGCAAGGAGUAGAUGGUGUUCUGAUGGGUGGGCGAGGUUUUGGCGUGGCAAUUGAAGCCCUUUUAAACUACCUUGGAUCUGAAUAUGGAAGCACAUUUGCACUAGGUAGAGUCUUUACCUUUUUGUCUGGUCCUCCUGACUAUGGAGCUGGGCAACUAGAUACAAGACGGUACGAUAAACAAUAUGCUAGUAGAGGAGAGGAUGCGGACCGUGCAUUGCUUCCUGAGCAGACACCUUUCUAUAAAGAUUUGGCUGCUGUCGCUAUUCAAGCAGGUGUUUGCGUAGACAUCUUUGCUGUUACAAAUGAGUAUACAAAUUUGGCGUCUCUGAAGUUUCUUAGAGUAGAAAGUGGAGGCUCAUUGUACUUUAUUCAAAUACUGAUGAUUCAACACUUCCACAGGACAUGUGAGUAGUCCUUGAAAUACUGUAGAUUUAUAUUGAUAUUCUAGUGUGUGAUGUGGGAUAGAACUUAACUAGACCAAUUAACUUCAGUAUUAGUUAAGACUUUGAAGCUCAUUUAGCAGGCGUGCUGCACUACAGAUUAGAAAAUUCAAAUAAAAGAAAGCAGUUUUAUUCCCACGUUAAGUUCCUUAGAAGAUCAAUUCAAAGUGCAUCCUCCUUUCUUUUAGGUUCUUAUUUCCUCAUAUUUCAGUGCAAGUCUUGAAUCAUUCGUUUUGUCAUGUGCUUGGAUUAU